CCCCCACGCGUCGGUUCUGCUCCCCACGCGCCGAGCGCUCAGCCCUGAGCUCCCCUACUCUUUCCUUGGCGGUCCCGUUACCUAUUCUUCAGCUCUCACCUUAAAAAGAGGCCUAUCUUGACACCCCUGGUUUAAAGCCGGCUUCCCCAAGUUGCAUUAUUGGGUGUUCUUUGUAAGCACUAUGCAUUAUGUCCUCUGUAUGGUAUUUGGUUGUCUCAAGUUACUUGAGGGCAGGGACACUGUUCUGUAGCCGCAAAACCCGAAGCACCAAGGACAGUGCCAGGCACCUAGCACGUGAGACAGAUGGGACUGUUUGCAGAAUUCUCACGAAAGCUGAAGGACUUAUGGAUGCGGAUAUACCCUUAGAAUUGGUGUUCCAUUUACCGGUCAAUUACCCCUCCUGUCUACCUGGUAUCUCGGUUAGUUCUGAAUGCCUGACCAGGGCCCAGUGUGUGGCUGUGAAGGAGAAGUUACUAGAGCAAGCGGAGAACCUUUCGUCGGAACCGAUGGUUCAUGAGCUGGUUCUCUGGAUUCAGCAGAAUCUCAGGCACAUCCUCAACCAGCCAGAAACAGGAAGUGGCAGUGGAAAGUGUACUUUUGCAGCAAGCAUGACUGCGGAUGAUGGAUUGUGGAUAACUCUUUUGCAUUUAGAUCACAUGAGAGCAAAGACUAAAUAUGUCAAGACUGUGGAGAAGUGGGCUUCCGAUUUAAGGCUGACGGGAAGACUGAUGUUCAUGGGUAAAAUAAUACUGAUUUUACUACAAGGAGACAGAAACAACAUCAAGGAGUACCUGAUUCUUCAGAAAACCUGCAAAGUAGAUGUGGACUCAAGUGGAAAGAAAUGCAAAGAGAAAAUGAUUAGUGUACUGUUUGAAACAAAAGUACAGACAGAACACAAAAGGUUUCUGGCAUUUGAAGUCAAAGAGUAUUCAUCGUUGGAUGAGUUACAAAAGGAAUUUGAAACUGCAGGACUUAAGAAGCUUUUCUCCGAAUUUGUACUUGGACUGGUAAAAUGAAGACAGGAAUAAAAUAGAAGACAGGCAUUUUUUAGUAAAACAGCAGUGUUUUUUUGUUUGUUUGUUUGUUUGCAUUGGAUUAGGGAUUGACUAAAUGAAAUAACCCACAAAGGGAAUGAUUUUAAAGUUUCUCUGAAGCAAAAUGGUAGAUACCUAACUUUAGGAACAAAAGCCAAUUCGUUUGUGGAAUAUCAAACAGUAAAAACAGCCAUGUGUUCUAAUUUUUAGCAAUAAAGGCUAGGUUUAGUAGAUGGAACAUUCUUUGAAAGAUAAAUAUAAAAAGAUGAUAGUAAAUGAGCCCUUGUGUUAUAUAGAGAAUUUGUUUGGAACUGCAAUUUUCUGGCUGAUUUUCUUGUAGUGAAAUGAUUUUUUUAAAAGAGGUUUGUUUUCAUGUUUACUUUUUUCAUGUUUAUAUUUUUAGCAUUUGGUCAUGAUUUUCCUCCAUUUAUCUUAUUACAUCUAAUGCUUUAAGUUGAAUGUUAACGAAAAUAUAACACUUAUUUCUUUGUAGAAUUGCAUAAAUCAUUAGUUAGAUUAAAUAUAAACCAAAGAAGUUCUGUAGAACUUAAUUUACAAUUACUUCCUUUGGGGUCCCAGAAUAGCACAGUACUUGCUACCUAUAGGACUAGAGAGUCGAUUUAAAUUAAAAUUCUGUUUUGAAAAUUUUACUCUCUGGUUUUACAAGGGGCGAAAAUGUUCCACAUAAAAUGAAUUUGGCUUGCUGGAUGGAGGAAAUUAUAUCGAGGUAGUACUUUUUAUUUCUUAUGAAGUCUGUUAAACUAUGAUAACCUUAAAAUAUAUUUAUUAUGACCAAAGGAGAGAAAAAGCCAUAAAAUAAAAGCUCAUUUUAAAAUAUGUAACAAACGUGUAAGCAGGCAUUGAGGUCUGAGAAAGGAUAUUUGUGUGCAUGAGGCUGCCAGGGCUUCUAAAAUAAGGGGCCAGGUGACGGGAGAAAGGCCAUGCAAAUCUCUCACUGCAAUCUGGGAAACACAGUGAUGUCAUUAUAAAAGUAAAACUGAUGGGAGAGGUAAGUGAGGAAACGUUGUGACAUGCCGAGCAGGGUUUCUUGACAGUACUGCUCUGUGACCAUGGCAAUUCAAUCUGAUUUUCUCAUUUUCAGGCCCCCUUGUAAUAAAAGUAUACCUACUUGUAGAUCAUUUUAUGGGAUUCUGUUAAUGAGAGGGGAUUUUCAGUUUAUUUACUCUCAUUCCAGAGUGUUUAUGAUUUUUUCCUGGAGAACUGGUAAGUGCAGUUAGAGUGUUCUAUGGAAGGAGCGUAUGGCAAGUUGAAGCUUCACCGCUGGCAUGCAACACUGAGAAAAUAGGCUUGAAAAUUGUGGGCUGGUCAUUAUUACCCCUUCAUUUGAUUUACUAUAGUUUUAGUGAAAAUGAAAAUAGUGAAAAAGAACAGAAUUUAGAAUAUUGACCAUGUCUUUGGGAUGGCUGGAGAGUGACCACAUAGAAUGACAUGAAAAGUUACUGCUCUCAGGCUGUUAAUAGUAAGUAGCAGGAGUAGGAGUUGGCGUCUGAAUUUUAUCACAACUGAACGGCUAGUCUUCUGUCUUACCUUGCGUCUUCUGUGUACGGGUGUCUUCCACUUUGUGCUUUAUUGUACCCCAAACUUGCAUCUUUAAAUUUGACUCUCUAUCCCUAAAGAAGAGCUUGAAUCAGGUAAAACUGAAUGUUAAUGAUGACUUUCUCCAACGUAAUUAAAUUCCUAUCUACUAAAAUUAUGUUAAAAAAUAUUGUUAUUACUUUCUUGGAUGUUUAUAUCUAAGUCUUUCACAAAUAUGUACACAUCAGAAUGCAAAACUAAACCUUAACAGGUGUAAAUUUAAAUUUAAUUUGACCUCUGGAUGAAAUAAAAUUUGAAAUUAUAUGCCAAAA